UCAACUCGCGGGAUGGCGUGCUGCGGUAGCCGGCGGCAGAGGAACGCGCUUAAAGUUCACUGAGUUGUUGUAACACGGCUCAGUCUCGUUAGAAACCAAACCAAAAGCAAGAUAUGGUUAUGUUUAUCAGGAAUUAACAAAAUAUUUAAGGGGGAAAAAGUAUCUUUAAAAAAAUAACGACAAAAGAAUGGACGGCAGCCGUGAGGGAAGUGAAAGUUUGGCCGAGGGCUCGUGCGCUGAGGAAGCUCCGGGGAACAAGGUCACGUGUGCAGAGCGUUCACUACCUCUGAGGGAGCUGUAUCCUUAUAUUCGUUGUGCUCUCUGCAAUGGCUUCUUCAUCGAUGCCACCACCAUCACUGAAUGCCUUCAUACAUUCUGUAAAAGCUGCAUUGUCAAGCACUUCUUCUACAGCAACAGGUGUCCCAACUGCAGCAUCAUCGUUCAUCAAACGCAACCACUGUACAAUAUAAGACCUGACAGGCAGUUACAAGAUAUUGUUUAUAAAACGGUCCCAUAUUUGGAGGAAGCGGAGAGGGAACGAAUGUGUGCAUUUUACAAAGAGAGGGGACUGUCAAUCCCAAAACCAGCAGCCCAAAGUACACUUCCAAUAAAGCUUCUGAAACAGAAACAGAGAGACCACAUACCACAGUCUGUUUUCACCAUUCCUCCAGAGCUUGAUGUGUCUCUAAUGUUGGAUUUUGUUGGAGCUGAAGAGGGCAUCGAGAAUUAUAAGCCUUUGGAGAGAAAGUACAUACGUGUAUCUGGUGAAGCCACUAUUCGUCAUGUGGAACUCUUUAUCAGAAGGAAGAUGGAAUUGAGUCCGAAUCUGAAGGUGGAUGUUGUUUGUGGAGAGCAUCUAUUAGAGCAGUGUCAAUCUUUGAGAGAAGUACAAAGCACAAUGGGAGAAAAUGCCCUACAGGAUGGAAUGUUGGUUUUACAGUUUGGACUUGUGCUUCCUACUCAAUGAAAAGAAGACUGUGAUUUUAUUUAACCUCCUACCUACAGGGAACAAAGUAAGGGCUAUUCUGUACUUUGUGAGAACCCAAAAAAACCGUUUUCCACUUAUUGCUUCCUGUUAAAAUUUUUUUUUCAGUUGGUUAACAAGUAAUAUUCUUCAAUGUUCUCAAUUUUUAUGGCUUCUUUAAUGCAGUUUUGUAAUUUAUACAGUAUGAACACUAAACUUUAUGGGGUGCAUAUGAGGAAACCCGUAUGAGAGACUGUAACGGCAGUGAACUGUGUCUUUUGUAGUGAUGUAUAUUCGAUGCAUCUGUUUUCCACCCAAUAAAUAUAUAUUUGAAUA